UGCGAUCUACAUCUACUACAUAGACCAACGGGCGACGGGCUCCCGCCUGAGCAACCCGCCCCCACAACCACAAGAACGAGCUAAUGGACAUCGAGCUCUGGCCGAUAUGGGCGACGCUCGCGGUCGCCUCGCUCCUCUACUUCCUGGCCAGCCCCACACGCCGUUCCGGCACGGGGGCCGGGCGGAUUCCGCCGGGCCCCACGCCGCUCCCGCUCGUCGGCAACCUGCUCUGCCUCCGCCGCGGCAACCUCCACCACACGCUCGCGCGCCUCGCGCGCGCCCACGGCCCCGUCAUGACGCUCAGGCUCGGCCUCACCACCGCCGUGGUGGUGUCCUCGCGCGACGCGGCCCGGGAGGCGUUCACUCGGCACGACCGGCGCCUGGCCGCCCGCGCCGUCCCGGACGCUGCGCGCGGCCUCGGCUUCGCCGACCGGUCUAUGUUGUGGCUGCCCAGCUCCGACCCGCUCUGGAAGAGUCUGCGCGGCAUCGCGGCCGCCCACGCCUUCUCCCCGCGCGCCCUCGCCGCGGCGCGCGGCGUCAGGGAGCGCAAGGUGCGCGACAUGGUGAGCUACUUCCGCGGCCGCGCCGGGAGGGAGGUGGACGUCGGCCAGGCCAUGUACGCCGGCGUGCUCAACCUCGUGUCGAGCGCGCUCUGCUCCGUCGACGUGGUCGACAUGGGCGCCGCCGAGUCAGGGCAGGGCGUGCGGGAGCUCGUCGAGGAACUCGUCGCGGUGAUCGCCAAGCCCAACAUCUCCGACCUCGUCCCUUUCCUUCGGCGUCUCGACUUGCAAGGGUGGCGUCGCUGGUCGGCGAUGCGGAUCGGGAAAAUCUUCCUCAUAUUGGAUGGCAUAAUCGACUGUCGUAUGGCCAACACCUCCACGGAGGAGAAGCUUUCUCACGGUGACUUCCUGGACUCGCUCCUCGAGCUCUUCUCCACGGGCAAGAUCGCCCGCGACGGCCUGACAGCCAUCUUGUUCGACCUGUUCACGGCCGGGAGCGACACCAUGGCCCUCACCGUCGAGUGGGCGAUGGCCGAGCUGCUUCGGAACCCAGGCGUCAUGGCCAAGGUCCGCGCGGAGAUAGACGACGCUGUCGGCGGCAAGGAGAGCAUCGACGAGACCGACGCGGCGGGCUUGCCGUACCUCCAAGCCGUGUUGAAGGAGGCCAUGCGGCUGCACCCGGUGGGGCCGAUACUGCUGCCCCACCGGGCCGUGGAGGAAGGCGUGGAGAUCGGCGGCUACGCCGUGCCGGAGGGCUCGACAGUCAUCUUCAACGCGUGGGCGAUAAUGCGCGACCCGGCGGUGUGGGAGAGUCCCGACGAGUUCGUGCCGGAGAGGUUCCUGGGCAUGGCCGAUGCAGACCAGGCGGUGGACUUCCGGGGCAAGGCGUUCGAGUUCAUCCCGUUCGGGUCCGGCCGGAGGCUGUGCCCCGGCCUGCCGAUGGCGGAGCGCGUCCUGCCGUUCAUCCUAGCCUCGUUGCUGCACGCGUUCGAGUGGCGGCUGCCGGACGGCGUGUCGGCGGAGGAGCUGGACGUGAGCGAGAGGUUCACCACCGCCAACGUGAUGGCUGUCCCACUCAAGGCCGUGCCCGUCGUGGUCACCUCAUUAAUGAACGUCACAACGUGAAAGUACACGUCACUGUGUUUCUUCACCAAGAUUUCGUUAUUGGAUGACUCUUCUGUCAUACGUACACUAGAUGUCAACAUAACAUUUUGUCUUAUUCUUAUCUCUUUUUUUGCGGGGACAUAACAUGUUAUCUUAUUCUUAUCUUGUGGAUAAGAUUAUGAUUAGAACUUUCUCUAUAUGUUGUUCCUAAUAACAUCUUAUAUUAUAGGACAUGGAUGGAGUAACUUUUGUGGUCAAAAAUCUGUUAGUGUUGAUGCAACAUGCCACGAUGAGGCGUCGUUUCGUAUCCUAAGGCAUCUUUUGGUCAUAUUAAUA